AGAAGGGAAGUGAGAAUGCGAAGUCACACUAUUACUUUGCUCAAGGAGAGAAAGACUCAUAGAAUAGAACCUUGAUAGAAGACGCUGGCCAGGGUUUCUUUUUGAGGCUGGUAUGUUGCUGUAACGAGAUGAUGAACGAGAUGUGGUAAUGACACAGGCUGAAGGACUCUUCCCCCCAGAGAGCUCAGUACCAAAGCUGACUGUCAGGCAAUAUCAUUCCACUGCUGUUGAGAUAGGGCUGCGGUCCGAGCAGGAUGUCAUCACAGGAUGAGGGUGACACACACCACAACGGCAGCCAAUCAGACAGUCGGUUGAAGAGCAAGAAACCGCCCAGUCUAGUUAUUGCUAUCCCUCCGGCUGAGGACGAGGACAAAAUGGAUGCUGUGAAACAGCCCCUAAGGCCUUCCCUGAAGAAGAGCGGGAGUGUGCAGCAGUCCAGAGAAGCUGUGUCAGAGGACGCACCGUCGACGACGGCAGAGGAGAGGAGGGCGGCGUUCCACAGACAGACUUCCCUGUCCCAGAGCAUCCGCAGGGGCACGGCGCAGUGGUUCGGGGUGGGCAGCGACUGCGAGACCAAGCAGCAGAUAUGGCAGCGCAAGAGCCUUCGCCACUGCAGCCAGCGCUACGGCAAGCUGAAGGCCCAGUACCGCGAGCCCGAGAUGCCCAGCCAGGACCAGGGCCCGGAGUCUCCUGCUGCAUGCAAGCUGCCCAGGAUUGUGGACCCUCUUGCGCGGGGACGAGCGUUCCGUUACCCCGAUGAGACAGACCGACCCCGGACUCCUCACAGCACCCACCCUCCCCUCACCCCCGGCGUCAGCUCCCUGUGCUCCUUCUCCAGCCAGCGCUCCGGCUACACCCGCCUCCCCCGCAGGAAGAGAGAGUCGGUCGCCCGCAUGAGCAUCCGGGCUGCCUCCAACCUGCUUAAGGGCCGCACGGGACUCCCUGGGUCUCAGACCGGGCGUGGCUUCCCCCGCCGUAGUUUUGUACGGCCCAGCUGGCUGGAGGAGGACACAGUGGACACUGCCGACACCUCUGACUCGGUUUUCUUCAGCAAGGUCGAUGCCCACGAAGAGAUGUACUCCAUGGCGGACGACGUGUUUGAGUCACCCCCGAUGUCAGCCUCUUUCGCUCCUCACCAGCCGGCCCAUUUUGGGGAAGUGCAAGUGGGCGAAGGGGGACCGUUCCAGAGCCUGAAGGACGUGUCCAAGGCCUCGGCUGGAGGAGCGCUCCCCCGCAGGGGCCGGCGAAUUGCCUCGCAGGUCAAACACUUCGCCUUUGACAAGCACAAGCGGGAGUAUGGCAUGGGCGUCGUUGGCAAGUGGCUGAACCGCCAUUACCGCCGCAGCAUCAGCAGCCAGGUGCAGAAGCAGCUGGAUGACUUCCACAGCCACAGGCCUUAUUUCACCUACUGGAUCACCUUUGUGCACAUCGUCAUCACCCUGCUGGCCAUUGGCACCUAUGGCUUUGCCCCCGUCGGCUUCGCCCAGCACUCCGCCUCGGAGCUGGUGCUGCGAAACAAAGGGAUCUACGAGAGCGUGAAGUACAUCCAGCAGGAGAACUUCUGGAUUGGCCCCGGCUCAGAAGAUCUGAUCCACCUGGGGGCCAAGUUCUCCCCCUGUAUCCGACGGGACGAGCAGAUCAGCAAGCUGAUCGAGAAAGCCAAGGACCUGGAGAGGGAGUCGGGAUGCUGCGUGCAGAACGACGACUCGGGCUGCGUGCAGACCCACCGCGCAGACUGCUCGGAGACACUGGCCACAUUUAUGAAGUGGAACAAUGAGCACACAGACAUAAUAAGAUCGUCUGGCUCCGUCUGUCACCAGGACCCCAGGACUUGUGAAGAGCCUGCCUCAACAAAGCCCCACGUGUGGCCUGAUGACAUCACAAAGUGGCCGAUAUGCACCUCCCCACGCAAGUGGAACCACACUGGGUACAGACACAUGGACUGCAAGAUCAAGGGAAGACCCUGCUGCAUUGGGACCAAGGGCAGGUGUGAGAUCACAACGCGAGAGUACUGCACUUUCAUGCAUGGCUACUUCCACGAGGAGGCUACGCUCUGCUCGCAGGUGCACUGCUUAGAUGAUGUGUGCGGUCUCCUACCGUUUCUGAACCCUGAUGUGCCUGACCAGUUCUACAGACUGUGGCUCUCCUUGUUUCUGCAUGCCGGGCUGCUGCACUGCCUGGUGUCCGUGGUGUUCCAGAUGACCGUGCUGAGGGACCUGGAGAAACUGGCCGGCUGGCUGCGCAUCUCCAUCAUAUACCUGCUGAGCGGCAUCACUGGGAAUCUGGCCAGCGCCCUCUUCCUGCCCUACAGAGCCGAGGUGGGGCCAGCCGGCUCUCAGUUUGGGCUGCUGGCCUGUCUGUUCGUGGAGUUAUUCCAAGGCUGGCAGAUGUUGGAGAAGCCCUGGAAAGCCUUCCUCAAGCUGCUGGGAAUCGUGCUCUUCCUAUUCUUGUGCGGCCUGCUGCCCUGGAUCGACAACAUCGCCCACAUUUUCGGCUUCAUCAGCGGCAUGCUGCUCUCCUUCGCUUUCCUGCCCUAUGUCACCUUCGGGACCUUCGACAAAUACCGCAAGCGCAUCCUCAUUCUGCUGUCCCUUCUGGUCUACGUGGGCCUGCUCUCCUCCCUGGUGGUCUGGUUCUACAUCUACCCCAUCCACUGGCACUGGCUGGAGCACCUGACGUGUCUGCCCUUCACCAACAAGUUCUGUGAGAAGUACGAUAUCGACCAUGUUGUACACUAGCACUCAGCCCCUCCCCACCGGCCACAGCUGGACUUAAACAAUGUGAGAAGAGGCGAAGAUCCUGAAAGAUACAUUAAAAAUGAAAAGGACCUACAUCUGACUAUAAUAUGCAGCCUCUUAAAUGCCUUUAUAGCAGACUUUGUACUGAAAGAUAUGAACCACUGCACAUGUGACAUUAGAAAGAGGUUGAAUGACAGUACAGUGCAGAUAGUAAGUAAAUAUUGGACUUUGUGAUGAAAAGGAAGGAACCACUGCACAUGUGGCACUCAAAAGGGGCUAAGUGGAGGCAUGGUACUACCAUCAGUAGAGGACAGUGUAUCUGGAGAAUCAAUUUCUUUGUGGGCUGUUGCGGAGCUCUCUGAAGAGUUGCAGGAACAGUGUUCACUUUGUCUGUACUCUGGAUGGAUUUCAGACCUUCGCUUAUUCCCAGCACCUGGAUGUCUACAUUGUUCGUCUCCUGUUUGGACUGUGAUGGACUUUUUUUUUACCAUAACACUAAAUACUGUUUCAGUGACAAAAUGAUGUGUUCCUUUUGUUAGCAUUUCCAACAUUACUUAAAUUCUGAUAUGAUCAAUCAGUUAGUCUAUGUUUUCUACAUUGAUACUAAAAAUGUUGGCUUAACUUGGAGUUUUUAUGUCUGUUUAUGUGUUUUUUAUUUUGGCGAGAUGCUAAGCUGAUGAUUGAAGCAUUAGCCUAUGGUGAAGAACAAUUUUAAGUCUGUUCAUUUUAUAAGUCACAGGUGCUGAAUCAAAACAACCAACAAGGGGUUUUAUGGUUUAUUACUUUUAAAACCAUAUCAGUUCUCUAAAGAACCACAGAAGUUGUAUCCAUUACAUAAGAAGCACUAUUUAUAAGUUACACUAUAUAGUUUUUACCAAGCGUGUGAGGUGUGUGGCUGACUGAAAAAAGUGUUGAAUCCUUGCCCUACUUUCCUGGUAAUUUUGUUUUUUCUAUUUUCAGUUCAGGACUGAGAAGAGUUUCUUGUCAAACACACGGUUUAUGCUAUAGAGUCCUCUUCAUUGUGUUGAAGUGUAAAAAGAAGGACUUGUGUUUUCAUGACUACUCACAUCAUCCUGUGUGAAAUCUAUGCUAGAGCAACAACCAGCUAGUCAGUGAGCCUUACACUAUGAGGAAAUGGCACUGCAGUUCAAAUGGAGUGCAUGAGAUGUUUGACGUACAUACUAUCUGGAAACUGUGAAAAAGAUAUGGCGUCACUAUCUGGAGGGUAUUUGACUACAGCAAUCCUCAGUAAUUUAAGUUAAAUGCAUUGUCCCACUGUUGGUGUCAGGACUAUUGGGAUGUGUGCAUGGCACCGUCUUCAGCGUCUCCUCCUGGGCUUCGGGAUUAAAGCCCUCCGCCCCGGCAGGUGUCUGGCUUAACGCUGAAAAAAGAUGACUGUGAAAUGGAUUAAACCCUAAUUGAGGAAGACUGACACCGGGAGGCUUUGCGCAUGGCAGUCAUUUUAUUCUCUCCCACACACUGCAGUCACCAGAGUAUGACACUUGGAGACGGAUUAGGUGUUCGCGGCAGCGUAAAGCCUCACAAUGGGCCACUUAAGAGGUGUUACAUGGCCAGAGCUUGCCCCGGCUGUCAUGUUUCCUUGCGGAUGCACAGAAAAGUGUAGGGAGCAUGGUUCAGUCCCCUGGUCCCUGACAACACCGAGACCUGCUCAACACAUUCUCCAUGCUCUCCAGCCUGAGAAGCACCAAUCUGAACAAACCCACCAUGCCUUUUGAAGUUUGUGUUGAACUUUUUUUUUGGUUUUGCAGUGUCUUUAGACCACAGUUAUGCCUUAAUGGAUUUAUAUGUGCAUCUGUUGUGAUAUUUGUAUGAUUGAAAUUGGACCAAAAUGUAUAUUAUUUAUUGAAAUA